GAAGAAACGUAAUGGCGAUCAUCGAGAAUUUUAAAGUAAAAAGUGAACAAGCUUGCUUGGCUGCUGAGGAGUUCUCCAAGCUUUUCUAUGAACAUUUUGACAAGAAACGAGAUGACUGGUUGAGAUAAAGCAUGAAUGACCAGGGCAGUAUGGUCGACCCUGCAAAUGAUAGCACUACUGUUGCCAUGGAAACUCCAUUGGUAGAGAGUGAAGCGCAUACAGAUGUGUUAAGAGACUUCUUUUGUGCUUUGGUUGACAAUGACAUGAAAGUAAUCACCAUCAUUUUAGAGUCCAAAAAGGCUGAUGUUAACAUGAUGUUUGAUGAACCUUACGACUUUGUUGUCCCACGAUACAAAGGCUGGGGUCCAAUUCAUAUCAUCACUAAACACGGAAACAUCAUGUCGCUGAAACUGCUCGUAAGACUGGGUGCAGAUGUGGCUCUUCACAAUAAAGAUGGGGACACCGCCCUUCACAUAGCUAGUCGGUACGGCUCUGUUCACUGUGUUGAGUUCCUUCUCGCCUGUAACAAGAGUCUGAUAAACAAUGUUAACAAUCAGGGCUUAUCUCCCCUCCUCCGUGCUGUCUUCAAGUUUGAGUUUGCCUUCAAGGGGCAAUACAACAAGACGAUACAGGCCUUGCUGUCGGUGGGGUGUGAUACGAACAUCUGCUCGUCCGCCAAGAUCACCGCCUUGCACCUUGCAGCCAGCAGGGGCGAUGCCUCACUGUCCAGGCUGUUGCUUAACGGCGGUGCGAACGUCAAUGCUGUUUGUUGUCAGGGCUCCACGCCGCUGCUCAAGGCUCUCUAUGCAAUGCGUGUGAACGUUCAGUGUGUAAAGGUGCUGCUUGAUGCAGGGGCAGAUGUGGAGGUGCAGACUAUCUCUGGAAGAUCAGUACUGCAUUUGGCUAUUAUAAAAUGUGACGAGGCCUGCGUUGAAAGCAUUCUCCUGGCCGGAGCCAACCCCAAUGUACAAGACAACUACGGGAAGACGCCUCUGUGGAUAUCUGUUCAGGAGAAUAAUGUGCGUUUGGUUCCAAUCAUCGUUAAGUAUGGUGGUGAUGUCAACUACUGUCGUCCUCCUCAGAACCUUUCGUUGUUGUCGCUGGCCAUUACCUGCCAGUCGGUGAGCAUGGUGGAGCAGCUUAUAAGACUUGGAGCUUCAGUCGAUACUGAGACUGCGUUGUGUGCCACGCCUCUUUCUCUCGCAGUCGACGUCCAAAACAUUCCCAUAAUUAAGCUCUUGCUGCACGAAAACUGCCGGUUAAACAUUGUCGGCAAUUCUAACCACACACUCAUCCCACAGACUCCACUGCAGAUAGCGUUUGAGCGUGCCAAUCUGAAUGUGAUUAAACUGUUGAUGAAGGCUGGAUGCAAGGUGGAGGCAUCCUGGCUAAAGCCCAGAAAUCUUUCAGCCAGUCUGCUUCAGAACCAGUGUGUCCUACACUGGAUUGAAGACUACUGCAGAACAGUGCAGCCAUUGUUACAUAUGUGUCGAGUUACUGUUCGGAACACCAUCGGGCCAGGCAUCAAAGAUAAAUUGGAAAAUUUGUGUGCAGAGGCAGUGAUACCAAGACGACUUGCCGAUUACCUAAUGUUGACAGAUUUGUUAGCAGAUGAUAAAAUCAGUAACAAUCAGUUACAUUUGGGUAGAGGAAAUAGGUUGAAUGAUUCGUGAUUAAUUCAUUAGAGUUAGACGUAUGGAAGAAUUAUCUCAUAUCUUCUUAGAACUGUCGUGUUACUUUUAUAGGUUCAUCCUGUACUCAAUCUCUGUUAGAGUAAAUAGUCAUAUAUACAGUGACUGGUCAGCUGGUUCGGUUUUCAAAGAUGAUAGAAAAACUAAACUAUAUAUCAACCAAUGAAGGAAAAAUAUAUUGUCUGGUUUAAUUUAGUGAAAUAUUGCUACAGACAUUCAUGCGACUUCUCCCAUGCACCUCCAUCACUUUAAUUAAUUAUGUUAACUGCAUAUGCCCGAUGCCAAGUGACUAAUUAACACCUAAAACUGGAUUUUACUAAAAAAAAUUGUUACAAAUCUCAGUAAAACCUUUGGAAAGAGUUCCGAUCGUUCGAGUAUUUACAUAGCUCUAAGGAGAACUAACCCUAACUCUAAAUGCUGGAACUAUCGGAACUCUUGCCAGUGUGUUAACACCAAAAUGGAAAACAAUGUGUUGAAAAGUUUAAUAACAACUUUAGAGUUAUUCCCCUUUUACUAUCGACUAAGAUCGGUAAUUUCCGCCACUGAACAUUUGACUGAAUUUGUACAAAUAAUCAGUUUGAUCAUCUUCAAACAUGGAAAUAGCGUCCAAUACGUUUUACAGCUUAUGUAUAGGGGAAUGUCCUCCAUAACUCUCCAUUCCUGAAAAAUAAUGGAGACGAGUCCCAUUAUUUUUCAGGAAUGGAGAGUUACGAGGAUAUUCCCCUACUUAAAAUACACCACUGAGUGAUAACUUUAUGUGAAUAUAUUAUAUUAGUAUGGAAAUUAACACCAAUGAUUUUGGGGGGUUAAUUAAGUAGGGUUUCAUCUCUCCAUUACUGAAAAAUAAUGGAGUGUUCAGACAAUACUGUGACUUUGCAGGUAUAUUUAAAAUAAAAAUAAAAUAUCCAUGUCUUGUGGAUGCAAUCAAAAUGUUUAAUCCUUGCGAAAAUUGACAUAUUCAAAUUAUAUUAGACGUUAACGCGGUGUACUCUGGAAUCUACUCUUUGCAAAUGAACGGGGGCAUAAAGCAUGUUUAUAAUUUCCGAGUUCACUUGAACAAAGCAUAAAUAUUAUGAACUGUAUUCUUAUAACGUUGCAAGAUAUUUUAGUUUAGAUAUCAUAAACCUUGUAGCAGAACAUACUUAAUGUUUUUCAGUACUUUGCAAAUGUAAAUCUACGUCCGUGUAAAAUGAAUGGGUAAGGUGAAGUUAGAUUUCAUUAGCCCUACGUCAUAAUCGUGACAAGUUAGAUUUCAUUAGCCCUACGCCAUAAUCAUGAUGGUGCAAUGCCAGCUAAGCAUACAUGAAUAUAUUUAUUUUUUCUGCUUGAUUAAUAGUUUUUAACAAAUAAAUUAUGCUCAAUAAAUUAAAAA